AUGCCUCCGGCUCCUGUUGAACUAUUGGCGUUGAUGUCGGACUUGAGUAUCCUGGAGAAGACGGUACCGGAAGGAGAAGCAGCCUCGGAGGUUGAGAAUGUGCAUGAGUAUUGGACCCGGCUCAAGCGAAUCUUGGUUCGUUUCCGGGACUUGAACAUCGUCAAUGCAGGCGUCUCCCAUAUGCUGGACAAUACCCGCGCUCGCAGGGAAUCUCUCAUCCUUGAACUUCCCAACAACCGUGCACUGCUGGAGGAAUUUGGAGAGUGGCUGUCCACCGGUCCGCCUCUACCCCUACUGCCUUUCACGGAAAUGGCUACCAAACAACUCUGCAUCGAUUUCCACGCGUUCACCUGGGCUGGGUUUGGGCUUUGGGUGGGAGACGACAUACACCGUAUGGAGACGUUAGAAGAUGGCUGCCUUGGUGAAGGGUUUGUGACAUCGUGCGCAUCCCGUUUUCAGUGGCCUGAGGGCUGUUCAGAGGCCCAACGGAGCGAAGUUAUACAGUUCGUCCGGACGAGGUCUUGCGCUGGCGCGACGGAUUUUGCUACUGCCCACUCGCUCUCGGUGCCGGAUUUCACUAGUUCCCAGCUGCUCCCUUCUGCCAGUGACGUCCCCAAUGCGAAAGCUCCGGGUAAAGUACGCGGUACGCAUCAAAACGUUAAACCGGCUGAUACUACCGCCAAUGACCCUGCACCAGGCCGGAAGCCACGCGCCGCCGUGAAGAAAGGUCCUAGCGCCAAAUCCGAAGACGCUAAGCAGCCAGAGUUGACAAAGUCUCCGACUGCUUGCCAGAACUGUGUCAAGCGCAAGGUCGACUGCGUUUACUCGCCUGGUAAGAUUGCGUCCUCCAUCGACAACCGGGUCGCUUGCCAGGCCUGCUUCCACGCGAAGGAGGCGAAGUGCCUUCUCGUUGAGGACCACCGCGUUGUUGGGGUUGCUCCCUCUGUUCCUCGUCCACGGAAGAUCGUCCCCGCCCCUCCGGAACUUCCGUCUUCACGCGCCUCCACUCCGUCCGUGACUGAGCUUGCUGAGGAUCCUGAGCCUUCUCGUGCCACUCGGGCCGCUGCCAAACGCAAAGUCUCCUUUAAUGUCGCCAGCACCAGCGGUGCUAAACGCACUAAGGUUGUUCCGCCUACGGAAUUCUAUCCCGCCCCCGAGUCGGAGCUUGCCGCUCGUAAAUCUGCGAGGUGGAUGUUAUAUCGUGAGGUUCUACGCCAGGGACAUCUGGUCGCUAUCCAAGAGGAGCAGCUGAAGUGCGCGAGGCAGGCGGAGCAGAAGGCCCUGGAGAUGCUCCGGAUUGAGGAUGAGGCGAUUGCGAACAUGGAGGAGAUGAGCUGCUUGGUGGAUGAGUAG